UCUGGGUUCCGUCUUUCGGCGUUCGGCUCCUCAGCCUGGCGGGCCGUCUGGCGCGCUCCGCCGAUAUCUGCUCUUUCGGCGCUCGACUCACCCGCGCUGCCGCCUCCGCUGAAGGAGGAGCAAAGCUCAAGAUGGCCGACAAAACGCCAGGCGGAUCUCAGAAGGCCAGUUCAAAGAGCCGAUCAUCAGAUGUUCAUUCAUCUGGAUCUUCAGAUGCGCAUAUGGAUGCAUCUGGACCCUCAGAUAGUGAUAUGCCAAGUCGAACACGACCUAAAAGCCCAAGAAAACACAAUUAUAGGAAUGAAAGUGCCCGUGAAAGCCUUUGUGAUUCUCCUCAUCAGAAUCUCUCAAGACCUCUUCUAGAAAACAAGCUUAAAGCGUUCAGUAUUGGAAAAAUGAGCACAGCAAAGCGAACCUUAAGUAAGAAGGAACAAGAGGAACUAAAGAAAAAGGAGGAUGAGAAGGCAGCUGCUGAAAUUUACGAGGAAUUUCUUGCUGCUUUUGAAGGAAGUGAUGGUAAUAAAGUGAAAACAUUUGUUCGAGGAGGGGUUGUUAAUGCAGCUAAAGAUGAACAUGAAACAGAUGAAAAAAGAGGUAAAAUCUACAAGCCAUCUUCAAGGUUUGCAGAUCAAAAAAAUCCUCCAAAUCAGUCGUCCAAUGAAAGGCCACCAUCUCUUCUUGUGAUAGAGACAAAAAAGCCUCCACUGAAGAAAGGAGAGAAAGAAAAGAAAAAAAGCAAUUUGGAGCUUUUCAAAGAAGAACUAAAGCAAAUUCAGGAAGAACGUGAUGAGAGACAUAAGACAAAAGGCAGGUUAAGUCGAUUUGAACCUCCUCAGUCAGAUUCUGAUGGUCAGCGACGUUCUAUGGACGUGCCUUCAAGAAGAAAUAGAUCAUCUGGUGUUCUUGAUGACUAUGCGCCUGGUUCCCAUGAUGUAGGAGACCCAAGCACUACCAACUUAUAUCUUGGAAAUAUCAAUCCACAGAUGAAUGAAGAAAUGCUGUGCCAAGAAUUUGGAAGAUUUGGACCAUUAGCUAGUGUAAAAAUUAUGUGGCCUAGAACUGAUGAAGAAAGAGCAAGAGAAAGAAACUGUGGCUUUGUGGCUUUUAUGAAUAGAAGAGAUGCUGAAAGAGCACUAAAGAAUUUAAAUGGAAAAAUGAUUAUGUCUUUUGAAAUGAAGUUAGGUUGGGGUAAAGCUGUACCUAUUCCUCCACAUCCAAUAUACAUUCCUCCUUCAAUGAUGGAACACACGCUGCCCCCUCCUCCAUCCGGACUGCCUUUUAAUGCGCAGCCUAGAGAGCGAUUAAAAAACCCCAAUGCUCCCAUGUUGCCACCACCCAAAAACAAGGAGGAUUUCGAGAAGACUCUGUCGCAAGCCAUAGUCAAAGUGGUUAUCCCAACAGAAAGGAAUUUGCUCGCCCUGAUACACCGAAUGAUAGAAUUUGUUGUACGUGAAGGGCCAAUGUUUGAAGCUAUGAUUAUGAACAGAGAAAUCAACAAUCCUAUGUUCAGGUUCUUAUUUGAAAACCAGACACCAGCCCAUGUUUACUACAGGUGGAAACUUUAUUCUAUUCUGCAGGGAGAUUCUCCAACGAAAUGGCGGACAGAAGAUUUUCGCAUGUUCAAAAAUGGAUCCUUCUGGAGACCACCACCAUUAAAUCCAUACCUUCAUGGGAUGUCAGAAGAACAAGAGACAGAAGCAUUUGUAGAGGAGCCUAGUAAAAAGGGAGCACUUAAGGAAGAACAGCGGGAUAAAUUAGAAGAAAUCUUGCGAGGAUUAACUCCAAGGAAAAAUGAUAUUGGAGAUGCCAUGGUUUUCUGUCUUAAUAAUGCUGAAGCUGCAGAAGAAAUAGUGGAUUGCAUUACUGAGUCGUUGUCCAUCUUAAAGACACCUCUUCCCAAAAAGAUUGCCAGAUUAUAUUUGGUUUCUGAUGUUUUAUACAACUCUUCAGCCAAAGUUGCCAAUGCUUCAUACUACAGGAAAUUUUUUGAAACAAAGCUAUGUCAGAUAUUUUCAGACCUCAAUGCUACUUACCGUACAAUUCAAGGCCAUUUACAAUCUGAAAAUUUUAAGCAACGUGUAAUGACCUGCUUCAGAGCAUGGGAAGAUUGGGCAAUCUAUCCAGAACCAUUUUUGAUCAAACUUCAAAAUAUUUUCUUAGGACUUGUAAAUAUCAUUGAAGAAAAGGAAACAGAGGAUGUGCCAGAUGAUCUUGAUGGUGCUCCCAUUGAGGAAGAGCUUGAUGGUGCACCUCUGGAAGAUGUGGACGGAAUUCCCAUUGAUGCUACUCCCAUGGAUGAUCUUGAUGGAGUCCCUAUAAAAAGUCUUGAUGAUGAUCUGGAUGGAGUGCCUUUAGAUGCAACUGAAGAUUCAAAGAAGAAUGAACCCAUAUUUAAAGUUGCCCCGUCAAAAUGGGAGGCUGUAGAUGAAUCUGAAUUGGAAGCACAAGCGGUAACAACUUCUAAGUGGGAGUUAUUUGACCAGCACGAAGAAUCAGAAGAAGAAGAAAACCAAAAUCAGGAAGAAGAAAGUGAAGAUGAAGAAGACACUCAGAGUUCCAAAUCAGAAGAACAUCAUUUGUAUUCUAACCCAGUAAGAGAAGAAAUGACUGAGUCCAAGUUCUCUAAGUACUCUGAAAUGAGUGAAGAAAAACGAGCUAAGCUUCGUGAAAUUGAGUUAAAAGUUAUGAAGUUUCAAGAUGAAUUGGAAUCUGGAAAGAGACCUAAAAAACCGGGCCAAAGCUUCCAGGAACAAGUAGAACACUACAGAGAUAAACUGCUACAGCGAGAGAAGGAGAAAGAAUUAGAAAGAGAACGAGAAAGAGACAAAAAAGAUAAAGAAAAAUUGGAAUCUCGAUCCAAAGACAAGAAGGAAAAAGAUGAAUGUACUCCAACGAGAAAAGAAAGGAAGAGACGACAUAGUACCUCUCCCAGCCCAUCUCGAAGUAGCAGUGGUAGACGAGUGAAAUCCCCAUCACCAAAAUCAGAGCGGUCGGAACGGUCAGAAAGGUCUCAUAAAGAAAGCUCACGAUCUAGGUCCUCCCACAAAGACUCUCCUAGAGAUGCUAGUAAAAAAGCCAAAAGGUCACCGUCUGGUUCAAGGACACCGAAAAGGUCUAGGCGGUCUCGGUCUAGGUCCCCUAAGAAAUCAGGGAAGAAAUCCAGAUCCCAGUCGCGGUCUCCACACAGGUCUCAUAAAAAGUCAAAGAAAAACAAACACUGACAUAUAUUUUUAAGAUGCUGUCACUUAAUGGAAAUGCAAGUUUGUUUUGUGCCUGAAUGGUCUUUUUUUUUUUUAAAUAAAAAAAAAAAAAAAACCACACACACAUACACACACACACACAUACACACAAACAAAAAAAUUCUAACGAAAGAGCAUUCCUGGGUUUUGUUUGUUCGUUUGUUUGUUUGUGAAUGCAUGUGUAAACUCAUGAGUAACUGCAUCUGUAGACCUGUCAUUGUUUUAUAUUGUAUAAAUUACUUUUGUUGUGGCUGUUUCUCAAGAUGAAAUUUUUAUUGUGCUAAUGAAUUUCAUCAGAAAUGUGUACAAUGGAUCUGCUGGCAGUAGUAGUAUUUUGUUUUAGGAUGUUGUGACUUAGACACAUAAUACAGAUGUCUUCCCCCCCCCCCCCCUUUUGUAGCUUUGACAGUUUGAAUUAGAUUUCAAAUAAAAUCUGAACAGAAAACUAUAAUGUUGUUUUUUUGCCCAGUUGGUGACACCAAGUCCCUUAAAGACCUACUAAGUGAAUUUGGCAUCAUUGCUGUUUCUUAUACCUAGUGCACUUUACAAGCUCCAGUGUUUAUCCAUUUCUGUAAGGCAGUUUUCAGGACCCCAGAGAGCAGAAGGCUUAAGUAGUGGGUCUCAUGUGGUGUUUGUUAUUGUAAUGCCCGGUAAAAUAGUUUUUUCAAAGAGGCAACAUGAUUUCAAAACACUCAACCUGUCUUCUGAGCAAUUACGUAUUUUAGGGUAAACUUAAUUUUUAAUCUAUCAUGAAGCAAGUUUAUUUAUAAAAGGUUUUAUAAAAAAGAUUUGCCAUAGAAUUCUUUUGUAUAAUAGUUGCCUUUUUAUAAUUGUCUGUAGGUUAUCUUUAAAACACUGGUAUCAUGAUAUUUGUACAAAUUUGUUUGAAACAACUUUUAUGUUUUGAAAGAUUUGGUUUGAAGUAUAGCUUUAAAUAAAAAUUGAAAAGUUAAAUGGGUUUUGGGCAAUUUUAACACCCAGUGAGCGGUUUAUAAAUUCAAGGUGCAAAAAGUUGACUUAAACCAUUUGCAGAGAUGAAUUCUGUUAUAAACAGGAACGAACUUGGUUAUAGUUUGAGGGAGAAAUAGGAAAACUUGUGAAUGUUGGUCAAAGUACCGCAGAGAAUAAAAUUUAAUAAAGGGUUACAUAGACUUGAACUGA